CGGGUCGCGAAAGCGGUGCGCUAGCGCGGAGAUUUGGACUGAGGGCGGGGCCUUGACCACCUUGGCAGAUUCCCUUUGCCACGUACGGCGGCGGCGGCGGCGGCGGUAUUGUGCACUACUGCCUAUUUUGCUAAUCAGCACUGCAUGGCGGGGCAUUUGACAUCCAGCUGAAAGUAAAAAGAAUCAUUCUUUUGGGAACCAGUGCAAAACAGAAGACCUGUAGUAACUAUGAAUGGACAACUGGAUUUGAGUGGAAAGCUUAUAAUUAAAGCUCAGCUGGGUGAUGAUAUUAGGAGAAUUCCAAUUCACAAUGAGGAUAUCACCUAUGAUGAGCUGGUGCUGAUGAUGCAGAGAGUUUUCAGGGGAAAACUGCUGAGCAACGAUGAAGUUACAAUAAAAUAUAAGGAUGAAGAUGGAGAUCUUAUAACAAUCUUUGAUAGUUCAGAUCUUUCAUUUGCAAUUCAGUGCAGUAGAAUCCUGAAACUGACACUGUUUGUUAAUGGGCAGCCAAGACCGCUAGAAUCAAAUCAGGUAAAAUACCUCCGCAGAGAACUGAUAGAGCUUCGCAACAAAGUGAAUCGUUUAUUGGAUUGCUUAGAACCUCCUGCUGAGCCAGGAUUUUCUACUAGUCUGCCUGAAAAUGAUGUUGCAGAGGGUAGGGAAGACAAGCCUACUAGUGCCGAUUCAACUGUCAAGCCGUCUACUCAAGUUAUAGCAGCAAGUAUGUCUGCUUUUGAUCCAUUAAAAAAUCAAGAUGAGAUCAACAAAAAUGUCUUGUCAGCAUUUGGGCUGAAAGAUGAUCAGGUGUCGGGACCACCCAGUGCCCCCGUAGAGGAACGUUCAGGAACACCUGACAGCAUCACUUCUGCAUCCUCUGCUGCCCAUCCACCGUGUGUUCAACCACAACAACCAUCAUAUGGAGGAUCUCAGCCCCAAUCUGGUCAAAUAGAUGGCCAAAUGUAUCAACAGUAUCCACAACAGGUUGGAUAUCCUUCUCAACAACCACAAGCUCAACCUCAGCAACAAUAUGGUGUACAAUAUCAAGCAGGCUACAGCCAACAGACUGCUCCUCAACAAGCACAGCAGUUCCAAGGAUACAGCCAGCAAGCCUCCCAGGCUCCAGCUCCUGGCUUUCCUGGCCCAGCUCCACAGCUGCCAGCUCAGCCUCCUCAGCAGUAUCAAACAGGCACUUAUGCUCCACAAAAUUAUACAACUCAGGCCUCCCAAUCUGCUAAUUAUAGCGUAACUCCAGCAUCGCAACCUGGAAUGGCUCCUAGCCAGCCCAGCACCUAUCAGCCAAGACCUGGUUUUACCCCACCCCCUGGAACUACUAUGACUCCUCCUCCAAGUGGCCCUAAUCCUUAUGCGCGCAGUCGCCCUGCAUUUGGCCAGGGUUAUACUCAGCCAGGUCCUGGUUAUCGAUAAGAAAACUAUGCUGUUAAAGAGCCCCAGGUAAAUCCAAGCAGCUGCUGAUGCUGUUCCACCUGUACAGACAAGAAGAUUCUUUAAUUGAUAUUUAAAAAAUAUUGAAAGGCAAAAUAUUGUAUGGCAUCACCUUUGCUCUUUAAUUUUCUGGGAUAAAUGACCAAAAGAAUCUUGUUUCCUGCUUGGCUUUCUAGUUUAAUAUUUGUCCUAUUGGAAACACUACCUAAAUGUAUGUAAAGCAGAUGAUGUUCUAGCUUGCCAUUUAAACUGCUAGGUGAACCUCUAGCUGACUUACUUAAAUUGGUUUUACUAAUAAAAUUAAGUGCUAAAUUAGAUCCACUUGUUAAAAGUUAGAUACAUAUAAAUUGUAACCUUCACAAUACAAUUGAAUAAAACCAUUCAAAUCAUUGUUCAAUCAGUUGCAGAGAAGUCUGUUUAGUAAAUGUUAUACCUAUCUUUCUACAGAAAACUAAGUCUCCAGUCCCUGGAUUUUGUUGAAACAUUUUUCACAGAAGAACACAUUUGAAGCAAUUCCUAUUAUUUUAGCAGCUGAAAAAUGCUGUUGUAAACAUUGUGUAAAUUUGUUAUUUUUCUUGCAUAUAUCAGCAAAAAUGACAGAUACUUAAGUGAUCAUUAUAGCCAAGGCAGUUUUUGGCAGAAAAACUCAAAUGACUUAAAUAAAUUAAAAUGCCUUUCAUAACAUAUUAAUAGCUGUCUAGGACUCACAGUGUUCAGCAAGCAGUAAAAUUCUUGUACUGGAAACAGAAUGCUGUUGUUAUGUGUUGUCUUAACAUUUUGAUUAGCUAAUAAAUACCUUAUUUUAGAAUAGUAUAGAAUAGAAUUCUUUAUUGGUCAAGUGUGAUUUUAACAAUUUUAAUUAUUGUUUGUAAGUUAAGGUGAUGUUACCAUGGCACACUUAGUGAAGUACAUCAGAAUACCAGUAAGGUGAGAUCAUGGGUUUAGAAGGGCUCAUGAGUAUUGAUUUUUUGUUUAGAAUGCAUGUUUUGUGUUAUGUUGCCAUCAUGUGACAUUGCAACCUUUUUCCCUUCACGGAGCUGGGGUGGGUGUGCAUGAUGCAUCCAGCCCAUGGACCAUCAGUUUGACACCCCGGUUUAGAGCAUUAUUCACAUAACACUUUUCUUGAAUUUUAUUCAGAUGUCCCUGCUCAACACUUUUUCUUCUUUUUCUAAAUCAUGCCCAAAUAUCAAAGACUAAAGUGGUUUAUUAAAACCUGUAUUAUUUUUAGCUGUUGUAUAAAAACACAUGAAAUUAAUUGAGACCAGUCUUAAAAUUUGAUUAUCCAAAAUAUUGGAACGAAGAAAAACGAUAUGGUAACUAUAAAGUAUGCAACAGAUUCAUACUGUCUUUAGCAUCUAUCUUUUAUUGAACAGAUUUUUUAAAUGUUUAUUUUCAAUAAAUGUUGAAUAUUCUUGUCAAUUACAGCAUACCCCAGAAUUUCAGCAUAUGUCCUUGGUAAAUUUUCCUCACUCUGCCCUAGAGCUGCUUUUCAAUAUCUGUGUUAUUCAGUUUAUCUUGUGCCUGUCUCCUUGCACUUCAAUUUGGCACGUGAGAGAUCCAGGUUUUGUAUGUUAUUUAAUUAUCUUUACCUAUGUACUGUAUUCUUUGUUUUCUGCCAUGCCUAUUUUGAACCUUACAAUUCAGCACUUUUUUCUGCGAACCGUAACAAUUACUUAAAUAUAUCUUGUUUUAAGAAAGUU